CAAUAUAUCCAAAAAGUCAUUUGUCCCGCGAAGCCGAUCUGUCGGCAGUCAAAACAUGUCUGAGAAACUAGGAAAAUAGGUUUCGAAUUUGAUGAGACAGAGGACAGAAAAUAGGAAUUUAGAAAAUUAGUCGACAAUCAUUACUAUGAACAAUGUCGUCUGAAAAUCCUGAAGGAACAAGUGGAUCUCCAGCGCAGUCUUCUGUAGGAGGUCAAAGUUCAACUGAUGGUCACAGGUCAGCAGAGCACCCAGUGCACAGACUAACAGUAGUUGAUGUGUCAACAGCACGGUCCACUGCAAGACCGAUUGUGCCAGCUAUACAAGCCCAUCUGAGGAUGACAGCACCAACAGCUGUGAGAGUGAUAGCGCCAGCACCUAUUGCAGUGCAGCCAGCAGUCAACCAGCCUAUGACUAAGUCCUCUGUUACUGCUUCAGGGACUGGAGAUUCUCUGUCGGCAGCAGGGAGCAAUGUUCCUGUUGCUACCGUUGUGAGGGCAUUCUCCGGUCACCCGGCGACGCCAGGACAGAGUCGGCAGCAAGUGUUUCCUGCUCACCUACCACGUGGUGCAGCCGCAGCAGCGGCAAUAACUACACCGAAGCCUGCCAUUACCUCAGCCAUACUGAGGCCCUCACAGUCAAUGGUGAUGCCACUAGGUGUAUCAAUGCAGCCGAGAUCAUCUCUAAUUGCUAUAGCAAAGCCUGCAGCAACAUCUACUGGCAUACGGAAUAACACCUCUUCCCAGCACCUUGAUUUCCCAAGACCGCACCUUGCGGCAGUGACAAGUGCAGGGACGGUUUAUGCCGGUAGCCUACAUACGAGUAGCCGUGUGUUGGAAGCUUCCGCCGUGCGAGCGACAGUGGUGGCGCCCCCUCUCUCCCACACGAAGCCAGUCCCACAGCCUGUCACUCCGCAGAUGCUGCCCCACCAGCAACCGCAGCAGCAACAGCAGCAACAGCAGCAACAGCAGCAGCAUCCAAUCAAUAUGUCGAUGUACCAGCACGGAAUCUACCCGGGUGCCGCAGCGGCGCCCCCUGUUGCACACAGCAAGGUCGCCGCUGCGCCACUUCCGGCCAUCGCUCAUCAGCUGCAGGGACAGUUCAUGGUGGCGCCACCGUAUGCUGCGCAGAAGGCGACGUUGGUGCGCGCCCGCACACCGCCGCCGUCGCGCGCACACGCGUCAAUGCCGGGCGCGGCGAUGGCCCGGACCUCGAGCCUUGCCACGAGUCACUUCGCCACGAUACCGGCGGGUGCAGCUGCAUAUUACUACAAUGCUGUGGGGCCGCAGAUACCAGCCUAUUCUACAGCGGCGCAUAGUUAUGCUGCUCCGGCUUCUGCCGGUCUCCGCACAACCAUCAGCAGCUGCACACCGGUUUCGUCGCAUCCAACGUCGAGCAUUUCCUCGUCAGUGCAGACGGCAGCACUGCAGGUGUCUGCUGGCGUGCCGCUGAGACUCGCUCAGCCUAUGCUCAUAGAGCCGACCGGCCAGCCGCCCCGCCAAGGAUACGUCACUGUUACGGAACCCACCUUCGUGAGCGCGGACGCCACUGACCGGCUCUCGGGCGUCGCGGACACAAUCACUGUCCGAACAACGCUGCCCAACGGUCAGACGCUCGAGCCGCCGCUUCCCAACAACAGCACGACGUCGCCGCGGCCGAGCAUCCUGCGCAAGCGGCCGACCGACGGGACGCCGGUGAAACGGCAGCUGUGCAUGACACCAGGGGGCAGCGAGAGCAACAGCCCGAUGCAGGAAUCUCGCGGUUUUGUGGCCGGCUCGUCGAUCAAAGCAAGUUUGUUCAUGGAACCGACAGAGGUGCGCGAAGGAAGCCAUUCCAGCACAGAGUCAGCCGACUCUAACGAGCUGCAGUCACAGAUCUCUGACUUCAGCAGCAUCAGUACCACGGAGAUGAAGCAGGAGACGCAAGACUGGCUCGACUCCUCCCAGAUGUCAGGUAUGGCAUUGGUAGCAGCUGUUGCGGUGUCAACGAGUGCAUGUCAUUCUGUGGAAGCUUCCCCGAGGAAGAAACCGAGAAAACAGCUCCUUGCUGCGAACGAGGAGUUUGUGGAUCCUGAGGUGGCGGAGGAGGAGGAGCGCGACAGACAACGCAAGGAGCUCGAACGACAGCUGGAGAGGUUAAAAGAGCAGGCGGUGAAGGAUGAGGGAAGACUGCAGCAAGUCAGAACACCGUCAUGUGAAAAAGAGCUUGAAGAGAAGCGGUAUGUAGCCUACCCGAAGCGAUCAGCCAGUCUGACACUGCUCAGCACAUACAGACCUGCUUGGAAAGCAUGCCACAAUCAUUUCCUGCGCCACUCUGAUGUCCGGGUUAAAGAUGACCGACGGCCGACGGUGAACGAGCUUGCGAACCAGCGUAACAUGCUGCAGCGCACGCACGGAUGGAAGCUGCACCACCUCACGACGCAGCUCGACGAGAUGACCGAUGCAGAGGAGGAGGUGCUGAAGCGGCUGAGCAGCGUGCAGGAGGGCCUCUCCUGUAAGACGAAGCCGGGUUUCUCCGGCGACGAGCUGUCCAUCGUGCUCGAGAUCGUCAAGGGAAACGUCCAGCGGAGUAAAAUCGCCAAAGAUCAGUUGCUCGAGGCGAAAGCUAUGAUGAUGAAAUUGCUGGACCAUAAGCCGCAAGUACAAGACAUAAUUCAGAAGCACAUCAGUAAGCGGACAGUGAAGAAGAAGGAGCGCACGUAGCAACUGAACUUAGGUUUGUCGAUGUAACUGCCAGCAUUCUAUGUAGAAUGCUGGGCUGCACUUUGUUCAAAUUCGGAAGCUGUGACACAACGAUGUAGGAGCACGAAUUUCUCAAUAUCGAGGUGCCGUUGUUAAGCGUGUGACAUUCAAUUACGAAGUAUUUCUUAAUGUAUUCAAUGUACUCUAUUCAAAAUGUACCGGCAAUAUAUUUCUCAUUGUCGCCAUAUGUUGCUGCCUGUAUCUUUAUAGCAACUUAAAGCUGUAUCGGUUCGUUCUUUGAAUUGAAUUUGUGGUUGGUUGUUCUUAAAAUGGUCGUCGGAGUAUGUGUGUGCAUAUAUGAAUGUUGUACGUUAAAGUAGUUAUCAAUCUCAAAUACUUGGCCAUGAAAUCAUGUGAAGCUCUACUGGUCUUAUUUAUUGUAUAAAUAUGUGUGUUUGUACGUGGGUGUACAUUCGACGUGAUGUAUUUCCUGAGGUGUUGGCCAAUCGGAAAUGUCUUUUACGUAAAUCUAGGUAGAAGAAGAAAUGCACACGUAUACAAUUAACUUAUGCUCCACUUAUGAUCUUAAAUUGUAAAGAAAUUAUAUGGGGAUUUUAUCAACGUGUCUUUCUGGUGCAUUACUACGUGCAUUAAAUGUACCGACUGAAACGGAACCUGAACUCUCUGCAUUGUUCACCAGGAAACACACAUUUUAUGCCGGGUCGGGAUAUUAAUUGGUAAAAGUCUGCCAUUGAGCAAUGUACAGAUGUAUUGUACGUCAUUAGUUUUAAUAAAAUGUUUACCUUCGAGUAGAA